AGGUUCUUUUAUAGUUCAAUGGUCACGAAUUCUGAUGUCAAGCCGUCUGGAAAACCGGUCUGGAACCCCCGACUAAUUUCUACAUCAGACGGUCUUGUGACAGAAACCGUCGCAUAUUGUCCAUUAUAGCCUUUCAGUGGUAUCGUAAUCGCUUCAGAUAUUGUUGAGUAAACAUUGCCACAUAUUACCCUGGCUCAAACUCCCCCUUUCUCCUUUACGAAACAGCUUGAAAGGUGUCUGAAGUCAUUUGUAUAAAGGCAGACUAGUAGAAAACGUCCAACGGCCAUUUCACAGAAAAAAUGUCAGAAGAGAACAUUGGAAGACGCAAGGAGAAGUGUGAGAAUUGCACUAAACAGUGCAACAAGAAGCAGAGGGAUGAAGACAUUAGCUCCCUUCCGGAGGAAGAUGUAGCCAACGGAGAGGUCCCUGCCUCCUCCCAUCUCCUCAAGCAGCAGGUGUUGCUGAGUGCCUGUCUGUCCUGUGAGGGCUGUGUGUCCGAGGAGGAGAGCCUAAAGAUCUCCCAACAGAACCUGGAGGAGGUGGCCCGCGUCCUGGGCCUCAACAAGAAGUGUGAUGUGUCCAAACACCAGGUCCUAGUGGUGUCAGUGUGUCCCCAGUCUCUGCCUUUCUUCGCUGUCAAGUACGGUCUGGACAUUCCUGAGGCCACACGCAAGCUCUGUGGCUUCCUCAAGAGCCUGGGAGUGCAGUAUGUGUUUGAUACUACUCUAGCAGCAGGCUUCAGUAUUCUGGAGAGCCAGAGAGACUUUGUCCAGAGGUACAGCAGGAGGCACCAUGAUAGCCAGGCCCUACCCAUGUUCACCUCCUCCUGUCCAGGGUGGAUCCGGUACGCUGAGCGUGUUCUGGGCAGUCUGGUCAUUCCUCACAUCUGUACGGCCAGGUCUCCUCAACAGAUCAUGGGCUGUCUGGUCAAAGACUAUUUCGCCAAACAACAGAAGCUGAGCCCAGACAAGCUUUACCAUAUUAUGGUGGCUCCAUGCUUUGAUAAGAAACUGGAGGCAGUGCGAGAGGAGUUCUACAACAGUCUCCUGGAGAGCAGAGAUGUGGACUGUGUCCUCACAUCAGGGGAGGUGUUCCACAUGAUGGAGCAGAUGAAGGUGUCAUUAGCAGACCUAGACUCCGUCCCUCUAGACCACGUCCUGAGUGGUGUGGGGGAUCCAGCCUUGGUGAGACACCAGGGCAGAGGAUCGGAGGGCUUCCUGGAACACAUCUUCAAAUAUGCUGCUUCUGAACUGUUUAGUCUGGAUGUAGAGGAGAUCACAUACAAGACUCUCAGGAACCGUGACUUUCAGGAGGUGUGUCUGGAGCGGGAUGGGGAGGUGCUGCUGCAGUUUGCAUCCGUCUACGGCUUCAGGAACAUCCAGACCCUGGUCCACCGCAUGAGGAAAGGACACGUCCCCUACCAAUUGGUAGAAGUGCUAUCCUGCCCCGGAGGUUGUGUGAGUGGUCGUGGGCAGGCGCAGGGAGAGACAGGAGGUCGGGUGGACAAAGCCUUGGUUCAGCAGAUGGAGGAGGCCUACAGCAGUCUACCAGUCAGGCUGCCUGACACCAACCCUGGGCUACACAUUCUCUACCAAGACUGGCUGGAGGGACAGGACUCAACGCACGCCAACACACUCCUACACACACAGUACCAGCAGAGCCCCAGCCAGACACGGACACACACAAAGCCCCCGCACAUACAGUGGUGAGACACACACACAGAAAACUCCAACACACCUCAACAUCCAAAAGCCCAAUAUGAGUGGUAUCAGGACACUGACCCUUUCUCUUCUAAGGACCAUUACAAUGCUUCCCAUAGGUACCAUUGUAUAGGCGGGGAGGGCCAGAGGACCUGGAUGUUGCUUUUGUGGUCCUUUGCACCCUGCCUAAAGAAUAAUCUAUGGAAAGGACUGGACCAGUAUAUCCCAGAAAGACUUGAUUCUGGACUUACUUCAAUACACCACAAGGUGGUGCUGUUGUUCCAUCUGUUUCACUGCUCUAGACUGCUGUGGAGGCUGGUCCACUGUGCUCUCACACCAUGGAGGGGGAAACGAAGAUAUGGGAAAAGGACGCUAGUGCCAAAUAUGUGGGCUAGAUUCCAGAGAGAAUCAAUUAUGUGACGGAGCACAACAUUUAAUCCAGAGGGACACAUUUGCAGGAUGGACAACAUUUCAUCUGCCAGCCAAAGGAGCAGUAACCCUGGGAGGAAUAAUAUUCGAUCCAAGGGGAUGAAGCUGGAAAACUAUCACACAAAUGUGUCCUGUUAACGUACUGAAUGUUAAGCCUGUAAGAAGAUCGAGAUGCCUUAGUAGUAUUGCAUUUCAGAGGGGUAAAAAUAUCCCAAAUCUUCAACAUAAAACCAGGUGUACUUGUUUCAACUGUGAAAUGUACAUGUUGUUUUGUCUCCUGUGAUUCCAAAAUGAUCAAUCAAUCAAUUGAUUGAAAAUGAUAGAUCUUCUCACUAAUAAUGCUGAUAGUGCUGUUGUGACUGCCAUUUGCAUUGCGUGUGUUCAUCCAUGUAAUAAUCACUGCAAUCAAUUUGGUAAACAGCUGUGGGAUAGGGAUGGAGAAAUAUAACCACUCUCAAAUUAAUAGACAAAGCUUUUGAUACUUUUUCAUUUAUUUGUAUUUUUUUUAACCUUUUUAUACCGGUUUUUUUCUCAUUGAGAUAACAUCUCUUUUUCAAGAGAGACCUGAAGAGAGACUUACCAUUUAUGAUUUAAAAAUUAUAGUUUUAACCAUAACAAAUCAAAUGUUAUUUGCCAAAUGUUUUGUAAACAACAGGUGUAGACAAACAGUGAAAUGCUUUCUUACGUGUCCUUUUCCAACAAUACAGAGUUAAAGAUAUAAAACAUAGAAUUAGUGACCCGAGGAAUGAAUACACAGUAAAUAACAAUGAAUGUUUUGUUGAUAUUUACAUUGUUUGCAAACAAAUGAAUAAAACAAGCUCAUAUUUAGGGUUCUGAUGGGGUACGACAGUUGAUAUAAGCAUGAGGCAUUUAUAAGUUAUAUUUUUCAAUAGUUAUUGGGUAUACAUCAAUCAUUUACAAGUCCAAAAAUGAAUGUACCAAUCGCAGAUUGGCCCUUUUAAGGUUAUUGUUUUAUUUGACCAUAUAGUGUCAGUGUCAUACUGAUGAACGUUAAAACAAUUCCAACCUGGAAAUCAGUCUGAUUUGAAUUCAUUCUGAAAUGGGACUGAGAAUAUAUCCCUUAACCCCUCGCUCUCUCUCUUUCUCUCUAGAAUGCUAUAGACUCUAGAUCCUAGAAUUUUGAAAAUGUGUGGAAAACACAUCAAAUCAUCCACCUCUGUUCUGACAAAAAAUAAAGUGAUGCAAAGGUUGCAUUUUAGUACUGCAGGCUAGGGCUCUUUCACCUCUGUAAACUAUAGUUGCAAGUUUUAGUGUCACAAGUACAGUUUAAUGCCUUUCUUGCAAACUCAUAACCCAACAAUGCAAUAAUUAAUAACAAUGUAUUACUAGAAGAAAAACACGAGAAAUAAGAAUAGGAAAUAUGAAAAAAGAAAAUAUGGAAAUAUGAAACACACAAAGUAAGUAAUUAAGCAUUCUAUAUACAGGAAAUAUUUAUAAAUCAGAUCCAAUACCAUAUUUGCAUGUGCAGGGAUACUGGAGUGAUGGAGGUAGAUAUGUAUAGGGGUAAGGUGACAGGGA